AUGGCACUCACGGACAAGUGGCGAAGCGAGUGGGACAGGGAGCUGCGCCUGCUCCCCCAAGUCGAACCCAUUGCCGACCACGACCUGCAGAUAACCGAAGAUAUAUUUUUCAUAUGGCAGUUCUUAAAGAUGUACCACACCUCCAUGCCGCAUGUUCGGAAGCUCAUCGAUUUCAUAACAAUUAAAAAACCCGAGUCGCUCAUAUGGGGCGAACACAUUGACGACUACAUGUUUAGGGGAAUGGACAAGGGGCAGAAAUUAUUUAAUUUGUUAGUUUCAGAUGGAAAAAGAAUACAGCCCAGGUAUUCCAAGAAGAAAUUAAGCGAUACGCUUCUGUACUUUCGCCUUAAGAAUUACAUCAUCUUGGAGAAAAUAAAUACUGGGUCCGUUGGUCAGGUUCACUUGGCUUUGGACAAAAGCACAGACACCCUCGUCGCGGCCAAGGCCAUAGACAAGUCCACCGUGCAAGGCGACGAAGAGCUCUUCCAAAAGCUCAAGGAGGAGAUCAGCAUUUCCUGCAGAAUGAACCACCCGUGCGUUGUAAAAACGACCAACGUCCUCGAGACGAGGGACAAAAUUAUUCAAAUUAUGGAGUACUGUGAUGGGGGGGACCUCAUAUCCUACGUCAGAAAUAAGCUCCACCUUGAGGAACUCAGCGCGCAGUACUUCUUCCGCAAAAUCGUCCAGGGGCUCCAGUACAUGCACCGAAACAACGUGUCCCACAGGGACCUGAAGCCAGAAAAUAUCUUCUUAUGCAAAAGACAACUCAGUCAAAGAGAAAAAACGUUAAUAAGAAUAGGGAAGUUACCAUCCUGCUCUGAAUACGAAUUGAAGAUAGGGGACUUCGGAGCCUGCUGUGUUAAUGAAAAAAAUAAGCUACAUCACGACGUAGUGGGAACCUUAAGUUAUGCUGCACCGGAGGUCUUAGGGUGUAACACCACCUGUGGGUAUAGCAGUCAAAAGGCAGAUGUUUGGAGUCUGGGGAUUAUCCUUUACGCCAUGUUAUUCGGCUUGCUCCCCUUUGAUAAUGAAGGGAAAAAUCUUAAAGACGCUUAUAACUCGGUUGUAAAAAAUAAAAUCGUCUUCCCCAAACAUAGGAUCAAUAAAAUUUCUAUGAAUGCUCGACAUUUGCUCUCUGGCAUGCUCACCAUCAAUCCCGCUAAUCGGCUGUCCCUUGAUGAGGUGGUCAACCAUGAAUGGCUAGCUGAUACGGGGAAAGCCAAAUUGGAAGUAUCUCACUUGCAUAAGAAAAUGGAUUUCCCCAUUUCGUCCACCGUCGCUUGUCCAGUUGGCAGCGGUAAGAACGACAUGGACUUUGAGACGUUUAAGAAUUUGUUUCUAGUCAAGAGGGAAAAUGGUUCUGCGGCCGCAAAUAUGUGCGUCCCGGGGGUGGUGGCCAGCGCGCUUCCGAGGGGGGCUCAAAAUGGGAUACACAGCGGGGGGAAAAAUGUGAUACACAGCGGUGCCCAAAAUGUGAUACUCAACGGGGGGCAAAACGGGCUGCUAAACAUGGUGCCUCACGGGAUUCCGUGCGCCGCUCCUUUUGGAGCCCCCUACGCUACGCCAUACGCGAGUGCAAGCCCAAAGGGGAGCGAUCAACCUGGCGCCUCCCCGCGCAGCGGUAACGAGCAGGGCCAAGCGUGCCAUCUGCGAGGAAGCAACUCGUUCCUGGGCAGGAGCAACCCCCACCACUUGCGGCAAAAUCAAAACCAAAACCAAUACACAAGCGCAAACCACUGCCAGUUUUACCUGUACGACGAGAAGGGCGUUUUGAACACCCACGUGAAUCACCCGAAUGGGGGGCAGCCCAACGGGGAGAACCCCGUCUACGCAGACGCCCGCCUUGCACAGAAAAAAAACCAAGGGGAGACACUAGAUAGGUAUGCGUUAAAUCAAAAGGGUGAAGAGGGAGGAAACCCCCCCAUGGAAACAAGCAAAAAACAAACACUUGAUGGUAACGAAAAAACCAAAGUGUGCACACAAAAAGGAAUAACCAAUCAUCGCAAGAAUGGUCAAAAUGAUUACUACGUGGAGAGAGCAUAUUUCAAAAAUUAUAUUCUAGACAAUACCUACGUGGAUGGGAAGAAUACCAAUCAAAAUAGCGUCAACUACUAUGAUGGGAAGCCACCCCAGCUAGAGCAUGUAGAAGAAAAUAAAGCCAAGUGGAUGGACCAAGUGAACAGGAACCCCCACCUGUGUACAGAGAUGAAGAACACUUACGAUUUAUACCUCAAUAAAAACAACAUCUGUAGAAACCAAAGCAAUAAUGUGUUGCUUCUCCCCUGUAGGGAGAACCCCAUAGGGAAAAAUAAUUUAUAUAGUAAUUUGUACCUCUUUAAAGGCGCAAACGAUUUUAACGUAACGACCAUGGGGAGGGCUACUCUGUUAAGGCACUACGAUCAGUGUAAACUCACCAGAAGCAGGGAAUAUGACACCAGCUGGAAGUUCAAAUAUUCUUCCAACGUGAGUGACGGACGAGAGUCCACUAACACCAUCGCCUCGAAUUGCACAAACGGAGCUCCUAGUCCUAACAACACACCCGCCAUCGCGAAAGUAAACGUCUCACCGAGUGACCCAUCAUUUUAUGAAAAUGCGAACUACAGCCAUCAUGUACAGUACAAAUAUUAUUACUAUGAUGAUAAGGGGACCUAUGUAGGCUGUUUGAGCAACCAAACCAGUGGACGCACUUGCCCCUCUUCCUGCGUGCUGCUGGAAAAUCAAGCCAAUAAGGCAGUCAAUAAGGCAGACAAUAAGACAGCCAAUAGUGCCGCCAACAAUGCCGCCAACCAUGCUGACUACACCCAGGAAUGGACCUGCAGAAGGGGAGUCUCCGAAUAUGUCGAAGCGGGCACGCCCAGCAACAACAGCAGUGGUAAUAACGGCAGUGGUAAUAACAACGUGUGCUCGUCUGACCGCAAGAGGGAAGACCCCUUCGCUAAACACCGAGAGGGGGGAGGUCACACAAAGUUGGCUAGCCACGAAUGGGGUAAAGACGCUGCAGGUGCGCUCUUCGCCGCUUCUAAAAAUGGGGCAAAUGUGAUGGGCAAGCAGACGGGGGGGGAAAGCAAAGGGAGGAAUGCUCUGCCGAGUGGACAUGGACAACCACAUGUGGUGCAGCAGGUGGGAAGAGCCGCACAGGUAGGUGGGCAAAUGGGUGAGCACGCCACUCGGGGAGCCACCGGCAGUAACCCCACAAGGGACACCCUCCUCACCGACGGAAGCAUCACAUCUAAGGUGAGCGCACCCACGAACAAGGAGGCAGAAGUGCAAUUACGCCCCACGAACGACGCAGAAGUGCAAUUAAACCCCACGAACGACGCAGAAGUGCAAUUAAACCCCACGAACUCCAAAAAGAAAGACACCUGCAUUAUUCUCAAAAGGGAAGCAAUAGCCCCCAGCGGAAAUAAACACUCGUGCCUUGUCAAAUCCCAACACGCAACAAAAAUUGUCUCCAUUGGUGAACCCACCUGCGAUGAAGUUUACCUGGCGCACAUGCAAACGAACGAACUGAAGGGCAACCCCAAGGAGAGUCACCAAAAGGAAAACAAAUCUACCACCAACCUGUUCAUCCAAAAGGGGAGAAUUAACGAAUGCGAAAAAAUGAAUAACACACAACAGAAAGGUACUUCACCAAGGGAUUACACUGAUGAGCAGUCCGAAAAAUGGAACUUGCCCAGUGGAGAGAAAGAUGACAGGGCGGGGUUCCUUCCCAGUGGGGGUGCCCCAGUGCAAACUUACACUUCGAAUUUGCGAAAGACCAAAGCGGAUAAUAACACCGAUGAAGAAGUGCAUGAAGUGGGCAAACGAACUGAACGGGAAACAGAAAAGGACAAUCAAAGAGAAACACACAAAGGGGAUAAUAACUCCCCCGCGAAAGCAGUUUCACUCCUGCCAGUUAAAGAUGAAAGCAAAAAUAUAACUAGCCAAGAAGGGAGUAACACACCAGGGGAAGAACACACCGAAGGGGAGUGUAAGAACACCCUCGAACAAAGCCCUAGCGAUGGAAGUGAAACGAAGACGAAAAAAAAAAAAAAAAAAAAAAAAAUUAUCAGCACCAAUAAUCCAAGUAAAGAAAUCCAACGACGUGAAUCAAAGAGCGACCCAAGUGGUGACGACAAACAGGUAAACCAGGGGCAUAAAAAAAAAAAUACAUCCAACAGUGGUAGUAGUAACAACAACCGUAGUUGCAACGCUGGGCAGAAACGUGCAUGUGGAGAGAGCUACACCAACAGUGGCGCAAGGAGCAACCACAACGGGACUGACACUGCAGUGGUGGGUGCGCGCAAAAGUUCAACUAAAAAUGAGGGGAAAAAAAACAAAGUGGACAAGCGAAGAGGAAGGGCAAAUGAACAUGCUAUAGAAAAAACUGACAGGCCUAACUUACCCAAACGUGACCGUCAUGAAGAAGAAAAAACAGAGGCGGCAGAAUCCAGACGCUACUCCAGCACAGAUAAAACAACGUAUAACCAUCUGGAGGAGGCAACAACGCUUUGCAAAAACGAGAAAGGAACGAAAGGAAGGGACAACAAAAUGUUAAAUGAACAACAGAUAGACGGAAAAAACAAUUUUUUGCUGCUAAAGAAAUUGUACUAUUCGAACGAUAGGCACCUGGAAGUACUGCCCAACAGUCAAAACCAACAUGAGAGGAAGCACUACAUCAAUUUGGAGAAAUUAUUUCCCCACGGUAAGAGGAAGACGAAUAAAACCCACCUACCCCCAUUAAGCCACUAUAAAAAAGGCAACAUAUGUUUUAGUAAAAGGGUGAAAAAAGACACAAGAAAAUGCGGCGAGGAAAACCAAAACGUCGUAAAGAAGGAAGCAGAUGGAUGCCGCAGAGCACAUAACCCAAUAGGUAAAAAUGACGUAAUAAAUUUCAGCCACUUCGGUGAGUGGUACUACGCGAAUGGGUGCGGCCAAGAUGAAUUAACAACGAAGGGGAAAUUUACACACAAGGAAAGGGUUCCAAUUUGUGAUAAAGUGGCACCAUAUGAUGAAGAACGGGUAAGUGACCAGGAGCAUGUCUAUUUUUCCUCCAACAAAAUUGACUACAUCAGAUGUGCCACUCGGAGGGGAACCAACCAGGAUGGCCACCACACAUACAGCGCAAAUUAUUACUACCAUACGGUGAGCGAAACGAACGGGGGGGUAUCCACCCCUGUUAGUCAUGAACAUGUGGUUAGCACAGACAAAUCGAGUCCCAACUGUAGUGAAAAAAGACACACAAUUUGGUGCCCCCCAAAGGAGAGUCAACAUUAUAUUAGCAAAUGCGAAAAGGGAGUAAACUACACUUCUGAUAGAUUCAAAGCCAAUGUAAGGAAAUGCUCCCUUUCACAUGAACCAAUUUUGUUUAGCAAAAAUGGAAAUGGCAUGCUUCGAAAGGAUAGCUUGGCAAAUCAAAAGGUGCCCACUGAUCUUACCUCAAAGUGUCCUUCCCAGGUGAAACCCACCCUUAGCCUUGUCAGUUACUAUAACGAAAAAAGGGGAAGCUACACAGGUGAGAAGGCAUUCACAAGUAAGGGCACAGAGAAACCUAUGCAGUCAGGCUACAAUAUGAACAGGAUCGCUGAUCGGCACUGCGGAAAGAGCGGCACAUACAAUAGGGGCGACAGCGCAAGUGGCAGACGCAUCCCCAAUUUGGAAAGCCACACAUUUCACCGCCCCAAAAUUGACCAUUCAAUCAAAGUGCAUGAGACUCAAGGUGAAGAAGCGGCACGCACGGAGAGCUCCCCCUUUAGUGUAGCCAACAGUGGGGAGCGAUCUUCCCCCGAGGAAGUGGCAUCCGCCAACGGUAGUACCAGCAACGGUAGUUCUAGCAACGGCAACAGCAGCAAUAACCGUAGUGGAUGCAGACGGAACAGUCAGCGAAUAACCACCCAGCUCGAAGAGUUAAGCGGCGUUCCCGCAUCCGACGCCACAAACGACUCACACAUUGGAAAAGAUGCCAUCAAAAGGAAAGGAUACACCUCCUUGUAUGACGACGUGAAGAAAUCCUAUUCGAUCAUCCAAAAUGUAAGUUAUGAAGAUGAGCUGACGAAAGAAAAAGUGAAAAAUAAAAACGGGGAAAGGGUCAUCACACGGUGGGAGGCGAAGGAGCAGAUAGAAGAGAAUGAAGAGAGAAAACAGAGUGGGAAGCCUCGCUUAAAGAGGGCCUCCCCAGAGGAACACUCUACCCCCAAGCGGAGCAGCGAUAAAGACGAGCAAGACAAAAGUGCGAAAGGUGCGGGAAAGAAUGCCACUCCCCUCACACUUAAGAAGGGCCCCGUUUGGAAAAAUUCGCCAAGUAAUCCUCAAAAUGGUCACGAGGUGGAAUCCCCUACAGGGAUAAAUCGAGAACUACCUAGCGGGGGCCUGGACGCAGAUAAAUCUCAAACGCAUGGCAGUAGCGCCAGUCGAAAGGACACCCACUUGUUAGCAAAGGAUGAGGGAAGGAACCCGCUCCUGGACACACAACACAUCUACAUGAUGAAUGCAGCUUUGGAAAAGUACAAACCACAAGGUGAAAAAGAAAAACGGGAGAGGAACCAAAAAGGGAGUGUGCCUAAUAGACCCAUCGAGGGAGAAGACCCCCCACAUGAACUCACAUCGAGCAAGGCAAAUGAAGAGCUAGCUAAAAAUAAAAAAGAGACAACCCUUAAGGAGAGCACCCCUGAUAGAGGUAAGCAGAUAGCAAGUUGGAACAUCCCUAACGCACAGAAGGAUCAUACCAUUCAUUCGAAGGAGAAACAUGAAGAUCAUCUAACCCACAAUAGAAGCUACGAUUUGAAAAGUGCUCGGAGUAAUUUAUUGAGCAUGUCCUAUGAUGGAGAUGUAAAAAGGGAUCACACACAUGGUAACUUACUAGUGAACCCUGAACGUAUAGCAUCCCACAAAGAUUCAAAAUCAAGUGAAAAAGACGAAACGGAUAAAUUGCUACACUACUACAAUUUGGACGCCUCUCCUUCCAACUUGGACCUUCUCAACAACCUCAUGUUCUACUCAUCAUCGCAUAUUAACCCAUAUAGGCAUUAUAAAAAUAGCUACCUCUCAAAGAAAAGCUCCCUCACUGGGGGGAGUAACCUAACGAACUCCCAACAGAGUGGCGGUAGUAACAGGACUGAGCAAAGGAGUGACCACCAAAAUGGACCCCCGGCAGUGGACCACAACUUGAGGAACUACCUCAAUUUAAACAAGACAUCCAUUCAGAACUUUGCAAAAACGAAAAGAAAUUAUAUCCGCGAACAAAAUUAUGAGAACAAAUUUGCAACAAAAAUGGACGACCAAAGGGAAGCAAAUUCGCUGUACCCCAAGCUACGAUGGAUGAACAUUUUUAGCAGAAAUUCAAGCAAGUACUAA